AUGGUUCCCCGGCUGGUCCAGAGGUGGACUGUGGAGUGUGAAGACAGACUGAGGGACUGUUUUGACUGCACUUUGUGGGAUGAACUGUGCGACCACGGGGACGACAUCAAUGCCAUCACGGAAUGCAUAACGGAUUACAUCAACUUCUGUUGUGAAAUCGCUGUGCCUUCCAAGAUAGUACGAGGUUUCUCCAACAAUAAGCCGUGGAUGAACAUUGAGAUUAAGGCCCUGCUGAAGGAGAAGAAGAGGGCCUUUCUAUCUAAGGACAGACAGGCACUGAAGGAGGUACGACGGAGACUGAGGCUGGGCAUCAAAACUGCUAAGGCUCGCUAUAAGAACAGGAUGGAGGAGCAGCUGAGCCAACAGAAUGUGGCAGAGGUUUGGAGGAGCCUGAAGACCAUCUCGGGUGAGGGACCUCCAAUAGGUUAA